AUGGACAGGUUGCACUCCUCCAUGCGUAAAAGGCUCUACAGUUUGCCACAGCACAUUGGACAGAAAGCAUCUAUAAUGGGCGAAGGAGAAGACGCAGACAAGGACACCCGGAGGAAGAGUAUUAGGAUGAAGCCUCUACCGUCACCGUCGCCGACCUCUGGGGGAAGCUGCAAAGGCAUCGGGGAGACCAAAAGUGGGGAGUCUGUGAUCAUGGAGACGGACAUAGGGAGACCGAUGAAGACCAGCUCAAAUGGGGACUGCCGGAGAUUUCGAGGCAGCCUCUCGUCCAUCACAAGUCGGCAUGUGCACGACUCGGACUCGGCGGAGGAGAGGCGCCUCAUCACCGAGGGAGAUGUCACCCCGAGCGAGGAGAGCCCCCCCGGAGCCAUCGGUGAUGGGCCGCCGGAUCAAGACGCGCAAGGGGCCAGCGGCGGCGGCGACAGCCAGAAAGACUCCCCAGACCAGCAGUCAGGGUUUAUAAAGUUGGAUGGCAUUGAUCAAAUUCUGCCGGACGACGAGAGAUUAUAUCAAGCUGGGUUCAUACACAGACAGUUUGGAGCAAUGCUUCAACCAGGGGUCAACAAGUUCUCCCUGAGGAUGUUUGGAAGUGAGAAGGCAGUUGAACGGGAACAAGAGCGGGUUAAAUCCGCCGGAUUUUGGAUAAUUCACCCGUACAGUGAUUUCAGGUUUUACUGGGAUUUGACCAUGCUGCUGCUGAUGGUGGGCAACCUCAUCAUCAUCCCUGUGGGCAUCACGUUCUUCAAGGACGAGCACACGCCCCCCUGGAUCGUGUUCAACGUGGUCUCCGAUACCUUCUUCCUCAUGGACCUGGUCCUCAACUUCAGGACGGGCAUCGUCAAGGAGGACAACACGGAGAUCAUCCUGGAUCCGCAACAGAUCAAGAUCAAGUACUUGCGGAGUUGGUUUGUGGUGGACUUCAUCUCCUCCAUCCCUGUGGACUACAUCUUCCUCAUAGUGGAGACGCGCAUCGACUCAGAUUUCUACAAGACGGCGCGCGCCUUGCGGAUUGUCCGCUUCACAAAGAUCCUAAGCUUGCUGCGACUCCUGCGCCUCUCUAGACUCAUUCGCUACAUCCACCAAUGGGAAGAGAUCUUCCACAUGACCUAUGACCUAGCCAGCGCCAUGGUGAGGAUAGUCAACCUGAUCGGCAUGAUGCUGCUGCUGUGUCACUGGGACGGCUGCCUGCAGUUCCUGGUGCCCAUGCUGCAGGACUUCCCCGCCGACUGCUGGGUGUCCAAAAAUAAGAUGGUGAAUGACACAUGGGGACAGCAGUACUCCUACGCACUUUUCAAAGCUAUGAGCCACAUGCUGUGUAUUGGGUAUGGCAUGUACCCCCCUGUGGGCAUGACAGACGUGUGGCUGACCAUCCUCAGCAUGAUUGUGGGCGCUACCUGCUACGCCAUGUUUGUGGGCCACGCCACCGCGCUAAUCCAAUCUCUAGACUCAUCUCGACGGCAGUACCAGGAGAAGUACAAACAGGUGGAGCAGUACAUGUCCUUCCACAAGCUGCCGGCAGAUAUGAGGCAGAGAAUCCACGACUACUAUGAGCACCGUUACCAGGGCAAGAUGUUCGACGAGGAGAGCAUCCUUGGAGAGCUGAACGAGCCGCUCCGAGAGGAAAUCAUCAACUUUAACUGUCGAAAGCUGGUGGCGUCCAUGCCUCUGUUUGCCAACGCCGACCCCAACUUUGUCACCUCCAUGCUCACCAAGCUGAAGUUUGAGGUGUUCCAGCCUGGGGAUUAUAUCAUCAGGGAGGGCACCAUCGGCAAAAAAAUGUACUUCAUACAGCAUGGGGUUGUCAGCGUGCUAACCAAAGGCAACAAAGAGACCAAGCUUUCAGACGGCUCCUACUUUGGAGAGAUUUGUUUGUUGACGCGGGGAAGAAGGACAGCCAGCGUCCGAGCAGACACGUACUGUCGUCUGUACUCGCUGUCUGUGGACAACUUCAAUGAGGUGCUGGAAGAGUAUCCCAUGAUGAGACGGGCCUUUGAAACAGUUGCCCUGGACAGGCUGGACCGUAUUGGAAAGAAAAACUCAAUCCUGCAACACAAGGUACAACACGACCUCAGCUCGGGUGUACUCAACUACCAGGAGAAUGAGAUUAUCCAGCAGAUUGUGCAACACGACAGGGACAUGGCCCACUGCGCCCACCUCAUGCAGAACAUCCCACCCCAGACGCCUCCCUCACCUACUCCUGUCAUCUGGGCCCCCCUUAUCCAGGCCCCUCUCCAGGCAGCAGCUGCCACCACCUCAGUAGCCAUUGCCCUGACACACCAUCCCCACCUUCCACCAACUCUCUUCAGGCCUCCAGUUUCUGUUCUAGGAUCCCUAAAGGACCCUUCCAGCCGACUUAAGAAGUUCCACACAUUUGUUCCCUCAUCCACAGCACCCGGCUCUGCUGGGGACUCUCCCUCUAGCACACCCUCUAAACUGCGCACUGGGGUGGACAUGCCAUUGCUGGCCUCUUUUCGGGCCCAGCAUAUGACAUCAGGUACAGGAGCAACCAGCUCUAGUAAACAGGCCUCAGGUAGCGAAGGCCAGCGUGGACCUAGUGGGACAGGGUCUGGGUCCAAUGGAGGAGGGGCCUCUGCCUUCCCCUUCGGACCAUUCUCUUCCUCUGGUUCACCCUCAUCUAGUAUGGCCCAGCUACACCCACAACCACAACAUCAACAACCCUUUCGCUCCAGCACCCCACCUCUUUCGAACCUCUUCCACCAGGGAUCAACAGGUGGAAGCACAGGGUCAGGAAUAAGCGGAGGGGCAGUUGGAGCCUGUGGUGGUGCUACAGGGUGGUCUUCAGGUGGAGCCGUCGGAGGGUCUGUAGAAGGAGCCACUGGAGGAGACACCGCUUGGGCUGGAGAGGACUUUACAACAGGAACGACUGAAUUGACUUCUGGGGGUCACUUUGGGUUGGGAGGAGCUACUGGUGGAUCAGUAGGAGAGAUCUCAGGGGAAUCAAUGGGAGGGAUAUCUGAAGGAUCAAUGGGUGCUGCUUGUGGCAGGUUAGCAGGUGGGGCAUCAGGUGUGUCAGUGGGGGGCAUUGCCCGUGGGCCAAUAGGAGAUGCAGCCAGAAGAUCAAUGAAAGGGACUUCAAGAGGAUCGGUGGGAAGAGCUUCUGGGGGAUCAGUGGGAGGGGCUUCUGGAGAAUCAUUGGUAGUGACGACCACUGGAGGAUCACUAGGGAGGGCUUCUGGUGCAUUAGUGGGAGUGGUUUCCGGGGGAUUGACAGUGGGGGCCUCUGGGGGACCACUUGGAGGAGUUUCUGGUGAUCCAAUGGUAUUGAAUCCAGGAGGAUCGCUGGGAAGGCCUUCUGUUGGGUCAACAACUAGCCAUAUAGGAGGAGGUUCGAGUGUGCCAGGUGGAGGGAUGAUUGGAGGACAUAUUGGCAGAGCAGCAGGAGGGGCAAUAGGGAGCCAUAUAGGAGGGUCUACAGCUUGUCCUGUAGGAGGGACUUCUGGUGGAAUUACAGCUGGACUUAUUAUCUCUUCCCGUUGUCAGAGCCCUAUAUCUACCGGCUCGUCCAGCCCAAUGCCUGGUCAGCUUCUCCAUAGCCAGCCACCACCCAAGCCUCCACAAGUGGCUCCUUUGCAACAGUUUGCUGGUGGAGGCAGGACUACCAGUGGCUUAAAUCUCUUUCAUUCCCCUCCACAAGGUUCCCCAUCCUCGAGCAGAGGACAGCACAGCCAGCAGCCUGCUGAGGGCUCCCCAUCUUCCCUCAGCCAUUUUAGCCUGGCAGGCCUCCAGUCUGGCUUCGUGCCUCACCAGAUGUCCCUGGAGAGGUCUGCCCUGGCCUCCCUGGCACAGUAUGGUUCAGCAAACGCCUCCCCCUGCCUUACCCCCGUGGCACCCAGCCCUACUAUUCAAAGCCCAGUGGCAGGCAGGACUUUUCACUACAGCGACCCGUCCAGUGCCACAGGAUCCCACAGUUCUCUACUCAUGCCUCAGUCUUCUCUCCCUUCACAGCUUCCCAGCCAGCCACACCCAACAGGGAGAGAUUCUCCACUGGGCCGCUUUUCCGAGGACCUAAAGCUUUUAUCCAGCUCGCACCCAUCUCUGCCCCAGGAGGUGGCCCAGGCCUUGGGCCACCAUACUCCUCGCUCCUCUGUGGAAACUGGAUAUCACCCCUCACCCUUUUCCUCACCCACUCUUGUGCCCAAACCCUGUAGCUCAGUGCCAGGGCGCAUGACUCCUCCAAUCCAGGUGUCUCCAGGGCACCCUCACCAGACUCAGUCCCCUGGGGCCUCCCCGGCCUUUUCUCAACGGAGGGCGUCUGCUGCCUAUUCAUCAGAUCUAGAACCUCAAACUGUCCGCUCUAAACUCCCUUCCAAUUUGUGA